AUGAGCAUGUCUCCUUCUAUCUGCGUCACCAUCUUGUUGCUUGCACUGGUCCCGCAGUCGCCGGCAUCAGCCAGCAUUAACAACAACAAUGGCGUCGCCGUCGCGGCCCCUAGCGUGCCCACGGCGACCCAGUUCCUGCAGGCGCACAACGACGCGCGCCGCGAUGUCGGCGUGGCACCCCUGGAGUGGAACUCGACGCUGGAGCAGGACGCCCAGCGGUACGCGGACCGGCUCGGCAUCGGCUGCAAGCUGGAGCCACUAGACAUCGAGCUGAUCUACCUGCAGAACACCUACAACGGCAGCGGUUACCAAGAUGGCGCCGCCGUCACCGCCUCGUGGGUGAACGGGCGGCGGUGGUACGACUACCGCGUUAACGCGUGCGCGCCCGGCCACGAAUGCGGGGCCUACAAGCUGGUGGUGUGCAGCACCGCGCAAGAGCUCGGCUGCGCCCGCCGUACCUGCCGGAGCAGCCCCGACACCGUGGCUGUUUGCAGCUACUUCCCUGCCUGCGACUACAACGACCGGCCAUACUGA